AGUAACGAAAGUCAAUGGCCACGGAUACUUCUGUGCAAGCAGCAACAAAAACAAAACGCUCAUUCGGUCUCCGUCUCUUUGGGCGCUUACAGGGAGGACCGUGUGCAUCGGCGAAACACAAAAGACUGCCGUCGGUGUAUGUUUUUCUUUUUGAUUAUUUUUUCAUUUAUUUAUUUUUUUUGGGGGGGCCCCGUAGCUGAGGAGGACUUCGUCUGGAAUGGCUGCUAGCCGGCUAGCAUUGAUGCACCUUUAACCUCAUGUUUGGACUUGCACCAGCGGUGAAUGCGCUGGCCGAAUCCUCCGGUUUUGGGCGGCCACGACACUCGACCUCUGCCCAGUCAGUAAGCUAACGUCGGCCCGGUAGCGUUACACCAACGUUCCGUUAAAUCUUCAAUAAAAUUGUGCCUAAUAAUUUAAUGCAGGCACGAAAGGCACAAAACUUGGAUAGACGCUUGAAUUUCGUACCUUCCGCCAUCUAAUGUUGAAUUGUAAUGCCUGUCACUGUACAUUGCAUGUAGUCGGUAAAAUAAUUUGCAUCUAAUUAUGUGAACCACACCUCUGUUGGAAUUCGUUGGCCGGCAGUCCUUUUUUUUGGGGGGGGGGGGGGGUUGGGCGGUCAUGUUAUGUUCGCUAUGUAGUGACUGGAAAAGUGUUUUGACAUAUGUGGACACCGACGUUUGUUUUAUGGACGGGUUUGAGCAUCCUCACGAGAGCGGCGAGAGGAAAAUGAGCUGGUCGCACACGUCAGUGGUGUGAAGCCGCAUGCGAAAGGGAGCUUUUUGCAAGUGGAACAUGGCCGUGACGAGGAAGUCCAGAGCAGCAGUUCACUGAAGACAUGAGUGUCCGCCAGCCCACCUCGACCCUGGACAGCCCCUUCGCUGCUUGGCUCAGCAGUCUGACCGUCGGGGACUCGGAACGCAAGUCGUCCGCCGGUCAGCAACGGGACCCGCUGGCCGACGUCCCCGACGAGAGCGCGGGCGCCGGCUUGGUCCAGAGAUGUGUGGUGGUGCAGAAGGACCAGCUGGGAUUCGGCUUCACCGUUUGCGGCGAGCGGGUGAAGCUGGUGCAGAACGUGCGAGCAGGGGGGGCAGCCGUCAAGGCCGGAGUCCAAGAAGGAGACCGAAUCAUAAAGGUGAACGGUUCGCUGGUGUCCUCCAUGUCCCAUCAGGAGGUGGUGAAGCUCAUUAAAUCCGGAACGUAUGUAGCGCUCACCCUGCAAGGACCGCCCCCUUCGCCGUCUUCCUUCCCCGCUGAUCCGCCAGCCAAUCAGAGAAUGUCGACUCGCGGGGAGUCCCCACCCCCGCCGGCUUCACCAUCUGGACCGAGCGGCACCCCCUCCCAAAGAAUCACCGGACCCAAGCCGCUUCAGGACCCGGAGGUGCAGAAGCACGCUUCUCAGAUACUUCGGAAGAUGCUGCACCAGGAAGAAACGGAGCUGCAGGUCUUAAUGGAGGAGCAGUCGCGGAACCCGUCGCCGUCCCUGGAGGAGCGAAUCGAAAGCGCCAAGAGGCGAGCUCGCCAAGUGCGCGUCAAGCUUGAGCAGGACGCGGUGAGGACGCCCGCCGGCGCCUUCGCGAUCGCCGCCGAUGUCUCCCGCUCUUCUCCCGGGCGCUUGUCGCUGGACUCGAGCGAGGGCGACCCGGAGGCCUUUGAAAGCCCCCACUCAUCCCACUCAUCUCCCUCAUCUUCCUUCCGGAGCGUUCUACACCCGCGGCAGAGCUCCAGCACGUAUCCCCUCUCGGAUUCGAGCGGCAGGGCCCAGAUCAUCGGUCCCGACGAAGAAGACGAGGAAGACGACCGUUGCGUGUUGAACGAGAUGGACAGCCCCUUCCAGGACAUGGAGCUGCUGAAGUUGCACCCCGCCCACAUGACCGUCUUCCUAAGAUACGUCUUCACGCAACUUCUGGACCCCAACCCGCUGCUCUUCUACCUGUCGGUGGUGGCGUACCUGGGCGCCGCGCCCAAAGACGCCCGCUCCCUGGCGCCGCAGAUCUGCUCCCAUUUCCUCGAUCCGGACGCCCCGUUGAAGCUCAAAGUACCGGAAGACUACCUGACAGACAUUGAGAACCGAUUACAGGCUCAGGAGGACAUUCGCGCGCCGCUGUCUGAGCUGCAGCAGCAGGUGCUGCCCGUCAUCCAGGACCAGCUUCUGGACUACAGGAACAAGCAAACGAUGGGCCUGGGCGCACUCUUUGGCGAAGGCGACCUGCUGCUGCUGGACGGCGACCCGGUGAAAGAGCGUCAGGUGGUGGACAAGCAGGUCACCGCCCUUUGGGAGAUGCUGUGCAAGCACGAAGAGGACAGAAGCUCCUCCCCGCUGGCGUCGGCCGUGCACCUGUACCUGCGCCACGCCGGCGUCAAGCCGCGAGACUCCAAGGCCUUCCCGGGUCCGAGCGGCGAGAAGGAAAAGUGGCUGGCGUUCCUCAAGGCCAAAAAGGUGAGCACACGCGGGGCGCCGGCGGCGCCCGCGGCAGGCGCUUCACGCCCGACGUCGUCUCCUCAGCUGAGCGGCGCCAGGAAGGAGAAAGACGGCGAGGACAGGAAGAGGAACCCCAUCCUGAAGUACAUCGGGAAAGCUCGGAGCGCAUCUCAGUCCACAUUCCAUGUCCCGUCGCCCCCCGCCGAAGUGCGUCCAGGAAGCGUCAGGAACAUCAUUCAGCAGUUCGAGAGCAACUCGGAGACGGGGGCCGAGGACGGCGGGGACCCGCGGGCGGCGUUGUCCGGCGGGCGAGGCGAAGACGCCGUGGCCUGCCCGACCGGCUCCGUGCGUCUGGCGCGCAGCGAGUCUUUGAAGGCUCAGGGCGAAGGUCGGCGGCGGGGCGUGGCGUCAUGCGGCGAGUCUGUUCCCCGCUCUCGCAGCGACGUGGACAUGGAGGACCCCGGUGACGAGAGGGACGGGCCGGGCCUCAGACUGCAGCACAGCGCCUCGUCGUCGCCGUCCGGCAGCUCGGCCAGGUCUCUGGAGAACCUCACACCGCCGUACACGCCGCGCUCCAUCCGCAGGAGCUUGGAGUCGCAGCUGAACUUGCUGCUGGACGCCGCCGCCCCCGAGGAGGAGGCGUGCGAGGGUCAGAACUGGCAGGAGACCGUGCCGCCUCAGCUCUUGGCCACACUCAGCCCGAAGGAGGUGGAGCGCCAGGCGGUCAUAUACGAGCUCUUCAGAACCGAGCUGUCGCACCUGCGCACACUCAGAGUCCUGGACCAGGUCUUUUUCCAGAAGAUGCGAGCCGUGCUCAGCGCAGAGGAGCUGGCCUGCAUCUUUCCCAACCUGCCGCAGGUCUACGAGCUGCACGCCAGUCUGUGCGAGGCCAUGAGGAAGCGGCGCGAGUCCAUCAUCGUUCAGGACGUCGGCGAUGUCGUGUUGGCAAGGUUUGAGGGUGCCGCCGGGGAGGAGUUUCAGGAGCAGGCGUCCCAUCUGUGCAGGCAGCAGUCUCAGGCGCUGGAGCUCAUUAAGAGCAAACAACGCAAAGACCCCCGCUUUGCCCACAUCGUCCAGGAGUGCGAGGCGAGUCGCCACUGUCGCCGUCUGCAGCUCCGAGACCUGCUGGUGUCCGAAAUGCAGAGGUUGACCAAGUACCCGCUUCUUCUGGACAACAUCAUCAAGCACACCGAGGACACGUCCGCUGACCUUCCCGCUCUCCGGCGGGCGCAAGCCUGUUGCCGUGGAAUCCUGCAAGCGGUCAACGAAGUGGUCAGGGAGACUGAAGACCGCCACCAUCUGAGCAAGUACCAACGCAGACUGGACGCGGCACCACAGUUCAAGGGUUUGGACCUGAGCACCAAGAAGAUGAUCCACGAGGGUCCGCUGGUCUGGAAAGUCAGCAAGGACAAGCAGUUAGACAUCCACGCGCUGCUCCUGUCCGACUGCCUGCUGCUGCUGCAACGCGGGCCGGACGAGCGGCUGCUGCUGCGUCACCCGUCCCGCUGGCUGGGCGGCGGCGGCGGCGGGGACAGUCCGCUGGUCAAGUUGGACUCGCUGCUGGUGCGCUCGGUCGCCACAGACAACAAAGCACUCUAUGUUAUCAGCGCUACCGAGAGUCAGAUCUACGAGCUGGUGGCGGGGACGGCGUCGGAGAAAAACAUCUGGAAGGACUUUUUGGAGAAGACCGUCGCCUCCGCCGCCAGCCCGCCUGCCGUCGGUUACGGCUCGGCGGCCACUGUUCUUGCCGCUGCGUCCUCGGCGGAAGCACCGGGCUGCGCCUGCACAGAUAACGCUGCUCGGGCCCAGACCGAGACGGCGGCCGGCGCCGCGGCUCACGUCGGGACGGGAGAGUCGCGCAGCGACGGAGGACACGGCGUCGGCGUGGCGGAUGCGGCGUUGCGGGACGUGAAAACGCUGCGGCAGCUCCUCUUCCUCGACGCGCACGAGGACGGCCGGAGCCGCGGCGUCCGUAGCCCGGCCGACGAAAGCGCGCAGGAUCUCGGUGGCGACCGAUGGGAGGCGCCGCCAAACGGAAACGUCUUUUUCCCGGUCGCGCCCGGACGGCGAGGCGAAAGCGCCACCGACCCGUCGGACAAAGAGGCGGCAGGAUGCGGCUUGGGAAACGACAAGUGGGACACGCGCGACGAGGAGGCGUCGCGGCACAGUCACGCGAUCGACAACGUGGAGGCGGUCUUCCACACCAUGGAGAACUUGAUGAGCAAGCUGCGUAAGCUUAAGGACAUCGAGGGCGAGCACCGCAAACUGCUGACGUCGCUCCGGGAGACGCCGGCCCGUCGGGAGGAGGAAGAGCGACCGUGCCGCCGCGCUCCCGACCGCGGUUCGGCGGACGGCAAGGAGGGAAGUCCCACCCAGGCCCGGAUCCAGUCCACAGGAUUGUGAGAGCCGCUGGAAGCACCCCAAGCGGGAUCUCCAGUCACCCAGCACUUUAGCUAUGAAGCAGAAACCCCCCCCCCCCCCUCACCCUUAGCCCACUGACUGCAUUUGGCUUGUCUUUGGCCAGUGGUUCUCAAACUAGGGUCUCCGAACCCCAGGUGGAUCAGCGAGCCGGAGCUUGCAAAAUAAUUAGCCGUGAUUAUUAUUAUUAUUAUUUUGUCUCAUUCACCAAAAAAAAAAGUGCAUACCUACUGUACAAACGGGCAUCGGCAGAAAACGAUCCCUAGUUUAGCUUUAAAUCAAUAAAAAAAAAUCAGUAAAUAUCAUGCGAAUAAAGUUGCAUUUUUUUUUUAAAUGCACUUAA